AUGGCAAUGAUGAGAAAACCUUUGCAUAAUAAACCCGACCAAUCGGCGCCAAAACCCGUAUAUUUGACCGUUGACGGUAAUCAUGCGCUAUUUAGUUCGCCGCAUAUGCACAAUCAUAUGAUGUCCGAUGAACGUUGGACGGCCGAUUGUUUAAUUGAACAAUGCCAAAGGGUCACUAAUUUAAUGCAUCGUCGUUUAAGUUUUCAAUUGCGUGAAAAUACGGCAAAAAGGAAGAAACUGCUCAGAAAUUGUACAAAUCUGCGUACGCAAAACAAUGAUGGCCGAAAAAAACUGAAACAAACAUUAACCGGCGAAAAUGCUAUCGAAAUAAAUAAAUGUUUAUUGCAUCAUAAAGAUUUGAGUCGACUGUUCAAGAAUUUAUCGUUACCGCAAAUCGUUGCAAAUAUGGAUCAGAGGUCGUUUGUAAUGCGUAAAGAUAGGGAUCGUUUGACGUUUCGUCGCAAUCAAUUGGAGAAGGAUUUAGAAGAAGCUUUGAUUCGGCUAUCUGUUGUACAGAAUCGUAUCAUAUAUGAAGAUCGAUUUCAUAUACCGGAAGAAGCUGUCAUACAUCGAAUGCAAACGCAAAUAGUGAAAUCGAGGAGACGCAUUAGAGCCUUGAAGCAUAUUAACUACACGUAUCAAAGGAUGAUUAAACUUAUAGAACACGAUGAGAUUUAUUAUGAACCAAUAUUGCAAGCUUUGGAAAAAGAUGUUGAAAAUCUACAUGGUUUCAUAGAAUACACGGUCUACAUUGGUGUACCGGCUAUUAAACGUUCCGCGAAACUUGAGGCAGAUUUAAAGAUAAAAGAAAAGCAAGCACGUAAAGCUUUGCAAAUGAAGAUCCAAUCUAUAGGUGGUUAUAAAAAUCUAUUAAAGAAAGGAUCAUCCACCGCACCCAAAGCGAAAAAACCUGAAUUAUAUUUUAAUUGGGGCAAGCAUUACGAACGUUAUACAAAAAGUAUGCUGGCUUUAAAGUAUGAAUUGGAAGAUGAUGAAAAAAGUAUAGCAAAACUCCAAGAGCGAACACUCUGCUCUCGCCCAAAAUUCAUCUAUCCAACUUUCAAGUUUCAAAAGGAGAGUAACGCUUCCUUAGAAAAAAUUGUCGCUUUAGCUACUUUACGGGUCGAGAAUAAAGCUUAUAAAGCGGCCAGUGCACAAAUCAAAAAGAGUUCCAAUUUGGAGAACUUUUGGAAAAUAACGCGACUAUAUACAGAAAAGAUCGCUUGGCUUAAAGAGAAAGUAGAAGAGCAAACGAAAAUCGAUCAAGAUUUGGUAGCUUAUAUGAAAAAUCGUUCAGCCAUGAUGUUAAUAUUUCGAUUUGCUCUAUGGAAUUUCCAUGAUUUGUUACGUCAUGUGAAGGGAAAGGACUGCGUCCAUUUUAAACGCAUUUAUCAAUCCGAACAUUUGAAAUUGCCACUCUUGAAAUAUGAAAUGCUACUAAUGCAUGCCGCACCUCCACCGCUAUUAGAAGAAAAUAUUCAUAUUGUUAUGGAAGUUGUUGAAAGAAAAUUGGCAUUGGUAAUGAAAACGUAUUCGCGACUGCUUAGGGAAUUUGAAAUUGAUCAGCAUAAGCCGUCGGCUCUAUUACGUUAUCAAGAUGAAUUUAUGAAGACUUGUGAGACGCAGGUUAUGGAACGAACAUCCGAGCUGCAGGAAGAUGAUGGCGUAGGUGACGAAAUGGCCUUCGAUGAAACAAAAGUCAUGUCUGCAAUCCAUUCACGUCGUAGUAUGAAAGAACUAAGUGCUAAAAUAGUUGAAGAAUUUGCGAAGAGAGAGUCCGACUAA